GCUCAGUCGUCAGCCCGCAGAGCGCGAGCGCAGCACUCCACUUUCUUGCACGCCUCUCAAAACAAGCCCGAGCGCACGCGCACUCGUUGUGACAGCGGAGGUCGAGUCCACCACGCGUGGAGUGUAACCCCCCCUCCCACCAUCACACCACCCCCUACGGGGAGGAGAGAGAGCAUGAAAGCGAAGCGGCAGGACGACGAGGUUGGGAAUUCAACGUGAAAGAGGAGCAGGAAGGUGCAGGGAGACGGCUUCUGUGGAAAAGCUUUCGGAGGAGGCGUUGCAGGAUCAGGCGCGGGCUGUUUUGGAUUUUACGUGCUUGUCAAGCGUCCCGCUGGGGAGGUGGGGUGAUGAGGUUCUGAGGAGCGCUCCUUCCUGACCAACACGGGGGAAAAAAGCACGGCGCCCUCCCUCGGGCACCGCCGUGCCUCCUCUUUCCCGGCCAAAGUGCGUUCACCGUGGCUCAGCUCUCGCCCCCGCGCCACUUCGACUUUGAGAGCUGACCCGCACAGACCGCCAAUGCUAGCAAGGAACUGCCUGCUGCUGUUCCUUUGGUAUCACCUCCAGGAAGGCUCGGCCUCGCCGGCGCCCCCAAUAGGGUCGCCCUCCUUGCCACUGGGACCCGGCAGGAUGGUGGGGAGGGCGCGACCCAGGACCUUGCUGGGCUCUCUGAGGAAUGGCCCGGCCGGGUUCCAACGAGUUAAGAGGGGCUGGGUUUGGAACCAGUUCUUUGUGCUGGAGGAGUACAUGGGCUCUGACCCACAGUACGUGGGCAAGCUGCACACAGACCUGGAUCAGGGCGACAGCGCAGUCAAGUACACGCUGUCGGGCGAAGGCGCCGGCUCCAUUUUUACCAUUGACCAAACCACGGGGGACAUUCACGCCUUACGCAGUCUGGACCGCGAGGAAAAGCCUUACUACACGUUACGUGCCCAGGCCGUGGACCUCAACAGCAACAGACCCCUGGAGCCCGAGUCUGAGUUUGUCAUCAAGGUGCAAGACAUCAACGACAACGAGCCAAAGUUCUUGGAAGGGCCGUACCGGGCCACUGUUCCUGAGAUGUCACCCGUGGGGACUUACGUGACACAGGUGACGGCCACCGACGCCGACGACCCGACAUACGGAAACAGCGCCAGAGUGGUGUACAGCAUCCUGCACGGACAGCCCUACUUCUCAGUGGACCCCAAAACCGGUGUGAUCAAGACGGCCUUGCCCAAUAUGGACAGAGAGGUGAAGGAGCAGUACCAGGUGCUAAUCCAGGCCAAGGACAUGGGGGGGCAACUGGGAGGGCUGGCCGGCACCACAGUCGUCAACAUCACCCUCAGUGACGUCAACGACAACCCGCCCAGGUUUUCCAAAAGUUUCUUCCACUUGCGCGUUCCCGAGUCGUCGGCGGUGGGCUCGGCCGUGGGCAGGAUUAAGGCCCAUGACUUGGAUGUGGGCAGGAAUGCCGAAGUGGAGUACACCAUCGUGCCGGGCGACGGCGGCGCCAUGUUUGACAUCACCACCAACGACCACAACCAAGAUGGCGUCAUCAUCCUCAAGCGGCCGCUGGACUAUGAGAGCAAGAAGGCGUACACCUUCAAGGUCGACGCGUCCAACGCUCAUCUGGAUCCCCGAUUCCAGACCUUCGGGGCUUUCAAAGACACGGCCACGGUGAAGAUUAACGUUCUGGAUGUGGACGAGCCCCCGGUGUUCAAUAAGCCCGCCUACGUGAUGGAUGUGUACGAGGACACGCCGGCGGGCACCAUCAUCGGAGCGGUGACGGCGCAGGACUUGGAUGCCAGCAGCAGUCCAGUCAGGUACUCUAUCGACUGGAGGAGUGACCUGGACAGCUACUUCGAUAUCGACCCGGCGGAGGGAACCAUCUCCACCAACGAGAUGCUGGACAGGGAGACCUUGCCCUGGCACAACAUCUCCAUCGUGGCCACCAAGCUGAACAGUCCAGUUCUGACCAGCCGGGUGGCCGUUUCCGUCCACGUGUUGGACAUCAACGAGUUCCCGCCUGAACUCGCCAGUCCCUACGAGAGCUUUGUGUGUGAAAACGCCAAAGUGGGACAGGUGAUUCAGCUGUUCAGCGCAAAGGAUCAAGAUGUGCCCAAUUCUGGCCAGCAGUUCUCCUUCAAAGCAACAAAAGACGAAGUAAGGAACAAGAACUUCACCAUCAGAGACUUUGGAAACAACACCGCCGGCAUCGUGACCAAGCGCGGCGGCUUCCGACGACGCUCGCAGGAGAUCUACCACCUGCCCGUGGUGAUCGAGGACAACGGUUACCCACCCAAGAGCAGCACGGGAACGUUGACCAUCCGAGUGUGCGGCUGCGCGGCCGACGGCUCGUUGCUGACGUGCAGCGCCGAGGCCAUUUUCCUACCGGUCGGCCUGAGCACCGGCGCGCUCAUCGCCAUCCUCUUGUGCAUCGUCAUCCUGCUGGUCAUAGUGGUCCUCUACGUGGGUUUGAAGCGGCAGAAAAAGAAGGAGACGCUAAUGUCGUCCAAAGAGGACAUUCGGGACAACGUGAUCCACUACGACGACGAAGGUGGCGGCGAGGAGGACACGCACGCCUUCGACAUGGGAACGCUGCGCAACCCCAAAGUGGUCAAGGACAACCUUUUCCGCCGGGACGUCAAGCCGGAGGUCAAACAGGGUCCCAGGGCGCCCCCCUCGAAGGACAGCGCCGACAUCCGGGCAUUCGUCAACCAGCGGCUGAAGGAGCACGACGGCGACAACUCGGCGCCGCCGUAUGACUCGCUCGCCACUUACGCCUACGAGGGCAACGGCUCGGUGGCCGAGUCGCUUAGCUCCAUCGAAUCGCUCGCCGCGGAUGCCGAGGAGGACUACGAUUACCUCAACGAGUGGGGGCCGCGCUUUAAGACACUGGCGGGAAUAUUCGGGGAGCAGGCGGAAGCCCGCUCGGACUCGACGAACACGGAGCAUUGAGGCUACUCGCCGACUCCACAAGCAAACGUGUUACCUUGUUUUGUUUGGUGAGCCCGCCUUUGGCACGGUGGACGUUUUAGGAUGUCCUUGGGUCUUAAGGGGAGGGGGGGGGGGGGGGGUCAGGUGUCAGAAUGUGGAAAAAGUCUCGGGAAGAUAUGCUGGCCGGUUUAUUGGAUUUUAGCCGCUGAUAUUGAACGUCAGCAUAAAAGUCAUGCGGUGUCAGGAAAAAAAAAUCAUGUUUAUGGAAAUGCAUCUUUGGAUAUCUGUCAAGUCUAUACACGGCAUUUUACAGAAGUGAGUGUACCCCUCAAAUGUCGGUCAAUAUUUAUUAUCACGGGGCAACGCCGAAGGAAAUUUAUCGAACUGAAGACAAUGGUACAGCUUUACGGUUUGAAUUUUCUGUCCCCUCGGCGAAAUCCCCAAAUUGGGCGUGAUCCCCUAAAAAUUGUGACAUGAAAAAUCCAUUUACUGAAUCCAAAUAUGGACACGGAUUACUGGAAUCAUGGU